UUCUCUCUGUGCCACCUGGUGGAGAAACUUCAUAAAGCUUAUUCAGCUCAACGGCUCACAUUUCUUCCCUUUUGCUCAGAUGUUCAUUCAGUGUGGCGAUCCAGCGGUGUGACCUCUCACCUUUGACCUCUACACCCUUCAAACACUCUUCUGAUGUGUUAAGCAACUUUGCUGAACAGUUUGAUGGAGAGCUGGUCGGAUGACAGCUGGAACUGUCGUCAUAACCGGGGGAAUACUGGCCACAGUGAUACUGCUGGGUAUCAUCGCUGUGCUCUGUUACUGCAGACUCCAGUACUACUGCUGCUCGAAGAAUGGGUCUGACAGCGGCUCCGUGUGUCAGCGGCACUUCGCCGGCAGCGCCUCCGGCCUGGACGGCUCGGUCGUCACGCCGCUGUCCGUGUCCCCGCCGGCCGGGGAGGAGGAGGAGGAGGAGGAGGAGCCCGGUUCCCCCGACCCCACCAAGCCCAGCGGGGGGCCGCGGAGCUACUGCCCCUCCUGCUCGCCCUACGACUCGCCCUUCUACGUCCGCACCACGGAUGAGUUGCGCAACGGCGGCGAGCGCGUCACCUACAUGCCCACGCACUACGAGAACCGGGCGCUGGCCACGCCCCUGCCCGGCGUGCGGGGCCCCCUGCUGAGGGACGCCCGGCGGGGCCGCCCCCCCGACUUCUACAUCAACACCCGGGCCAUCAGCACCGAGGUGUGACCACUCCUAGAAUUACAUCACACACACACA